AUGUCUGUAGUGCGAAGUGAAUUACCGAUUCCUUUACCUAUGAAUGUGAAGGGAGACCUCAAAGGGAACUGGAAAUUCUUUAAAUCACAAUGGAUGAAUUAUGAAAUAGCCACAGGCCUGGACAAGAAACAUGAUGCAAUCAGGAUAGCAACAUUAUUAACAGUCAUUGGCAAAGAUUGUUAUCAUAUUUAUGAGAACUUAAACCUCACGGAAGAAGAGAGACAGGAUAUAGCAGCAGUUAUAGAAGCACUUCAAAAACACUUUACACCAAAGACAAAUGUUAUCUAUGAAAGAUAUAUCUUCAAUACAAGUGAUCAACUGCCCAAUGAAACAUUAAAUGACUACAUCUGCAGGCUGAGAGAACUCGCGAAGUCGUGCGAAUUUCGAAACAUGACUGAUGAUAUGAUACGUGAUCGUCUAGUGUUAGGGACCAAAGACACAGCAUCAAGAGGCAGAAUGUUAAGAGAAGCCGACUUAACACUGGACAAAGCUAUAACAAUGUGUUUGACAAGCGAAAGAACUUCAUCACAGCUGCAGAAGUUAGAACACAACACCAGUCAUACAGCCAAUUCAGAACAAGCAGAAGUGAAAUACGUCAGUUCAAAAGGAGACAAAGCCUAUAAACCCAGAGGAAAACAUCCAUUCAAAGGUCAAGGGAAGAAACAGCAGAAGAUUGUACAGCCAAAGAACAGUGCAAUGGUUAUUAAGUGCAUGUACUGUGGAGGCACACAUCCACGAGACAGAGACAAAUGCCCAGCUUUCGGACAUACGUGCUGGAAAUGUAAGAAGAAGAAUCACUUUCCAAAAGUUUGUAAACAGACUACUGUGAACAGUAUCCAAGAUGAAGACACAAGUGACUCGGACUCUGAUUCUCUAUAUGCUGUGAAUUCUUCGUCUGGAAAACAGUGGUUCGUAAAAAUCCACAUGAGUGCUAGUGGAAACAGUUCUAAUGUUACCUGUCAAUUGGAUAGUGGGUCUACCUGCAACGUAAUAAACUUUAGGCAGUACGCUCAAAUCAUGCAAACAGGCGACCCCCCACUGAAACCUACCGAGAAGACACUAAAGCUCUACGGAGGGAAAUCAAAACUCAUUCCACUUGGCAUUGCAACCUUGAAAUGCAGGGUGAUCCAGUCUGGAAAAACAGAAAAUCUUGACUUUUAG